AUGGGCGGCAGCAUCACGUUUGGGCAGCUCACGAACGUACAAAUGCUUGGGUUUUAUCAAGCACGAUACAAGGAAGAUCGCAAGUCAUUUCUUGCGUAUGUGUUACAAGUUAAUACGACAACGUCUCAUUUUCUUGUGUACCGUCGGUACUCUCAAAUUGCAUCUUUAGCUACUAAGUUGCACUUUCAUCCGCCUGUGGGGUUACCACCUAAGUAUGCCAUGCAACUUUACCCUCUUACUGAUAUGCAACUACAACAACGUUUUGAAGGUUUAAAAGGUUUUUUACAUGCAGUGAUGGUGCAUUUAUCCAUGCAACAUGCAACAGGGUUGCAUCAUGCCACAAACUCAAGAGCAGGAUUGGACAUGCAACUAUUUUGUGACUUUGUUGUGCAUCAUCGUAAUCGACCCCCAAAACCUGUUACAGGUGACAUUCCGAAUUGGGCUCAACCUAUACAAGAGGUAACAGAUCAUGAUAGUAUAACCGAUAGUGACGACAUGGGGUUACUCGAGAGUGAUGGAUCUGAUGUUGAGAGUGAUGAUCUCUCGACAUCAUUUCGAAAUGAAGUAUUGCAAAUUGAAGGGAAUGUUGGUGCUUUGUGGCAUAGUGUUCGUGCAUAUAAACAUGCAACAGUGGCAUGGUGGGAAGCAACAAGUGCAGUAUUUGAUGAAUACAAGCGAGUGGCAGACGUGCCACAACUUGGAACAAAAGACUCGAUUAUCACACGAUUGCAACAAGAAAUGACAAAUACUCUUGAUCUUAUGCAACUUGCAUUUGCAAACACAUGUGAUAUGGAAGUGUUGCCUCCAUUGGAAAAGUUGCGUCACGAUGUAUUACCCGAGAUUAAACAUUCAUUCUGGACUCGCCACGAACAUGUGCAACAUGACACAGUGGCAACGACUCGACGUGUGCAACAAGAACGCAAAUUGUUGCACGAUAAAGUGCAUGUGGAUGUACAUCAAAGUUUAACAGCAUUCGUGGCAUUUCAAACCAGAAUGUUACGUACAAUACACCAAAAGUUACAUGAUGUGACAACUGUACCACGACCUCGAAGCAAAUCGAUGCCAACACUCUCUACAAGAACACUUGAUCAUCAUUCUCAAUUGCCAAAUGAAGAGAUGACAAUGCAAAAGACUCAAAAGGAUGCAACUGAAAUUGAUUGUAAAAUAAAGAAUGAAGGUACCCCACAAUCACGUCUUUGGGUUUGGGGUCGUCCACCAAGUCUCGAAAGUGGUACACCGCUGAUUUUACGUCCAAAACAAGUAGCUGUUUUACCUAAUCAGCCAUUGAUACAAAUAGCUUGUGGUGGAGAGCAUUUAUUAUAUCUCACAAGUACAGGAGAUGUCUACACAUUUGGUAACGAUGAAGUUCGCAAAAUGGCUCUUUCCACAACCCUACCCGACCCCGAAGCAAAUGUGCCCAAUUCUUCGCUCUCAUAUUUAACACCACAAUUAGUCGAAGAAUUAGCAUUAGAAAAAGCACUUUAUGGGGUUACAAUUGCUCAAAUUGCAUGUGGAGCUCAACAUUCUGUCGCAAUCACAAAUUGUGGCGAAUUAUAUACAUGGGGAAGUGGCGAAGAUGGAAGAUUAGGACACGGUGACAUGCGCGAUCGGACAGUCCCACGAAAAGUGAUGACAUUAUUACGUCAAAAUGUUGUAAGUGCAAGUUGUGGUGGAGCACAUACCGUUGUUUUAACUGAAAAAGGGUCGGUAUUUUCAUUUGGAAGAGGUCGAAAUGGUCGAUUAGGGCUUGGGGAUACAAAAUGGCGAGAUGUACCACAUGAAAUAAUGACUUUUCCAUUGCAUAUGCGAGUGGUACAAGUGGCAUGUGGGUGGAAUUUUACGACAGCGAUUGGUCAAAAUGGAACAUUAUGUACUUGGGGUAAAACUGGCGAAGGACAAUGUGGAAUAGGGUAUGUUGAUCAAGACCAAGUGGUACCUGCUAUUGUAAAAUUUGGUACAAAUUCUGAUGUGCCAAUUCUUGAUGUGGCAUGUGGGUACACCCAUACCCUUGUAUUAACGGCAAAUGGUACAAUGUAUUCAUGGGGAUUAGGGGAAUAUGGGCAAUUGGGUACAGGGAAUGUUUAUGAGCCUAUUCCAGCCCAAGUGCAUUAUUCUAUAGAUGUUUCUGAUCCAUUAGCUCGUGUUUAUUGUGGAGCAUUUCAUUCUAUUGCGACUACCGAACAUCACGUUAUGUUUACAUGGGGUUUAAAUCUUUAUGGUGCUUGUGGAUUAGGGCAUACAACGAAUAAAGACCAACCAGAGCGCUUGGAUUGUUUUUCCGCCAAUCAUGAUCUUGUUGUAGCGUGUGGUCAUAAAUACACUUUUGCUCUCGAACUUGCUUUGAAUCAAUCGCAUGUCAAACUACAAGGUCUAGCAAAAGAUCAUGUUUUAGCUUCUCAUUCACUUGAAACCACUCAUUUCUCAUCUUUACGUCUUCCUCGUGAUAGUAUUCAUGAAAAAGAAGAAGAAUUACGACGUGUGAAAAAAAUGUGGCGUACACGAAUCUUACGAAAUUGGGAAGCAAAUAAAAAUUCAGCAUUAACUCAUGCACUUUGGCGUCAAGGCAUUCCACCAUCAAUUCGAGCACGUGUGUGGCCAUUAGCAAUUGGAAAUCAAUUAAAAGUGACACCAGAAAUGUUUCAAAUGUAUCGACGACGUGCAAUUGCAUAUAAAAAAGAUCGACAUGGAAGUGAAGAAAGUCAAAUCUAUGAUGGUGGACGUGAACAUACAUUGGCAUUAAUUGAUACGGAUUUACCACGUACCUUUCCAUCAUUAAAACUCUUUGAUGCUUCAGGUCCUUACUAUACUUUGUUAUUAGAAGUUUUGGAAACGUAUGCUUGUUUUCGACCUGAUCUUGGGUACAUUCAAGGUAUGUCGUACUUAGCCGCAAUGUUAUGUCUUCAUAUGCCACAAGAUCGGUACCUUGCUUUUCAAUGUUUGGCUAAUUUAAUGGUACACGAACAUUUAUUUACGUUUUACUUAUUAGAUGCUGAAUUGGCAAGUGUCUACUAUACACUUUUUGAAGCAUUUUUAGAAAUUCGAUGUUCCCAAUUAUUGGUCCAUUUUCGAAACAUUGGAAUUUCUUCAUGUUCAAUGUAUUUAAUGAAUUGGCUUCAAACAUUAUUUCUUCAAGUGUUACCACUUGAAUCAGCAGCACGUGUAUUUGAUAAUUUCUUACUUGAUGGAACAAUCUUUCUCUUUCGUAUUGCUAUGGCUAUUCAUGAAUUAUUGGCACCACAAUUAUUGACAGCUGAAAUGGAUGUGGUACUUCCAUUAUUGCAACAUAAUAUUAUGUACCAAACAAUAUGGCACACUCAAGUAUCCGAGCAAGCAUUGUUUGAAAAAGUUUCAACAAUUGCUGUACCAACUCAUAUCUACGCUGCUUUAGAUCGUGUGAUUAAUGACGUUUUCUUUUAUGAAAAACGUAAUGAUUUGGAUCAAAUGGGAAAUAGUAAGAUGAUGAUGGUUGGAAGUGGAAGACAAAGUAUUGGAAUUGGACACAUGAAACACGAACGACGAAGUUUUAAUGCAUUGAAUGGAGUUUUAGGUGGAUUUUAA